AAAAUAACUAAAACUUAAUAAAAAAACCUAUACAGACAUAAUAAUAAAAAAAACUCUAUAAACUCUAAUUAUGGAUACAUUUGUUCCAAAAUACAUAAAGAAUGUUUAGAUGCACAGCCUUAGACUUUAACAACAAAAGAGAAAAGUCUGUAUGUAAAAAGUCUGUAAAAAGUAAAAAAAAAAAAAAAGUCUGUUUUUAUUAUUUUUUCAGUGUUUAGCAUUGUUUUCCCUGCUGUCCACGGCAAUGCACCACUGACAGAAAUUUAUAAUCAAUAUGGCCAAAAAUGACUUUUCUGCUGCUGUAUUGCAUUGAAUGGACACAAUCAAACGCUAGAUUUUUUUUUAAAUAUCAGAAUUCUGGAUUGUCAAUUUGUUCUUCUGCACACAGAGGCAAAUAAUGUUACUAAUUACCUAAAGCUCACAUUCUUCAACCAUAAACCGCCGCUAACUGUUACGAUAUCAACUCUAACAUUUGGAAACAUCCACUAGCAUUUCAUCCACAUGACAGCCUAUUAUUGAAGAGAAAAAUGUUAAUCUUUAAACAUGGAGCACGGGAUGAAAUAUAAGAGCUGUCAUGUGAGGACUGUACUUUACUCCUCUCACAGAGAAAACUACAGACUUCACAUUCUACAGCAUGGAGUUCAGUAUCAGUUCUCUGCUGGCGUUGAUUCUCUGGGAUUCUCUGUGUGUCAGAUCUAAAACUGCAGCACACACAAUCUCUCAAGAGUCGCUGGAGACUCUGCUGCACUCUCAAACAAAACGUCUCCAGGUCAGACCUGAAAACUCAGUUCACACUCAUCCAGGACAAAAGCUGACGCUUCGGUGCGGAGGCGAAGGAGAUGAAGUGCUGGAGCAGUUUUGGCAGACGCCGUUUGGUCUGUUUGACGGCUGUAACCACCAAAACAAAGACCCAGUGGACACAUGCAAUGGCACUUUGAGGAUUUCAAGAGCCACAUCCAGCCAUGAUGGACUCUAUUACUGUGUCCGUCUGGACGAGAUGAGCAAAACAAUCGUGCCUUAUAGAGUUAACAUAGUUAAGAGGAAGACCAGGGAGGCAGGGGUUUACUCCGACACGGUGUCAGAAAGCCAUUUCGCGGCGGCUGUGGCAUCGUCAGUAAUUGUGAGCUUUUUAGUGGCCUUCACACUUGGUGCAUUCAGCAGAUCCUACGUGAUGAAGUGCCUACGAACAAUAAGGGCCCGCAUGCCUCGUAGAAAAGACAAUCACACUCACAUCAAUGGACAGACGAACUUACAAGCCACCAGAGCACAAACUGACACAGUGUUCUUCCAUAAAAACCAAACCACUGGAGAAGACACAGUGGACAUUGGUUUGGUUGAUCAGGAACGCAUGGAUGUUGAUAAUGCGGACGCUACUGGAAAUGGGAAAAACGAGUCAAAUGAGCCUCAGAGUUGUGAAGGAGAAGAACAAACCCCAAAGUUGAGAUCAGCGGUUAGUCCACAUCCAAAGAAGAUCCGCGUCAUUAAACUCUACAACUAUGAUGAAGAAGGGAAUCCAUACAACCACAUCAAAGACUCAGGGAUGGAGGGUGAAGGCGAGGUCAGGCCCAAACUGAGGACGAGGUCACUGACGCGACUCAAUGCCAUCAUGAAACAGGCUGAAGCUCUUGACCUCAACCCAGACAGAGAGUCGACUGACGGCCGGACGAUUCAAGCGGACGCUCCUUCCCAUGAAGACAGUGUUUCAGAUACAGCAGGAGACACAUUUAAAACAUAGUGGAAGCCAUCACUGAAAACACCUUUGACCAAGUUGUGGUUAGACCAGGCUGAUUUCUCAUUCAAGCGUUUUUUCUUUUCUUUUUGAGUCUAAAUCUACCACCAGCAUUAUCAAGUGUACAUUUAAAUGUUUAUUUUUUUUUUACAAGCAUCAAAUUGUGUGUUAAAUGUGCUUCAUGUAUAGGCAACGCCACCUGUUCUUUCAAAAGUAGUAACUGUGAUGCGUAUAUGGAAUAUAUAAAUCAAAAGUUUGGGGUCAGUAAGAUUUAUUUGGAUUUAUAAUGAAAGACAUUAAUACUUUUAUUUGGCAUGGAUGCAUUAAAUUGAUCAAAAGUGCCAGUAAAAACAUUUAUAAUGUUACAGACGAUUUCCAUUUCAAAUAAAUGCUGUUUUUUUUGGA